CGAAACCGAAACGCAGAGGCAGACGAGGUGUCAUUUGCUCCUUGCGAUGAUCGCGAGGGAGGCGUCGUUGUCCCCGUGGGAGCAAGGGUUGGAUGAGGAGACCAAAAACAAUUAUGGCCAUCUUUCUCCAACACCCUUUUGCCCUGUAUCUAUUCUCAUAAGAUACAAGGUAGAAGGGGUUCCCAAGAUGAGGGGGCCGGAUACAAGACAAAAGGCUGACUCGUCUAAGACAAAAUCUACCAAACGCGGAGCCCCUUGCUAGUUGCGGAAAUGCUGCGAGCGGGAGAAGCCUACAACCAUCAGAUUGCGGUCUCGUCGCCAGAGAUGAAGAAGUUUGUGGCUGCGGUCUUCUUCGAUGCGAAUAUGUGUAGUGGACGCGAACGCUUCCAGAUGGCUCAAGAGCAUGACGG